AAAAGAUUUGAAAAAGGUUUGGAAAAGGUUUGGAAAAGUUUUUUAGAAAGUAGAGAAAUGUUUUAGGAGAGAUUCAAGGAAAUUUGAUCAAAAAUUUCGAUCAAAACGAAGUUUAAUUUGAAGUUAUAGAAUUUCCAUGAAAGGAAGAAGAUUGUUACUAAUAUAAAGAAAAUCGAGUAACUAUGCAGAGCAUGGAAAUGUAUAAAUAUAUCAGUGGCUGUUCAUUUGUGGAAAUAACAAAAGGUAGAAAAUCAGUCAACUAGAGAAAUCGUCAAUCAAUUAGACAGUCGAUUGAUGAAAUUGAAAAAAAGAAAGACGAUGAGUAGUGAAUUUAAUAUACAAUUUGAAGUUGACAUCGAUAGUUUGAUAAGUAUCAUGACCAAGCCGUUGAUUGAUUCUAUCAUCCAUCAUUUGGGAUCUAAAGGGGAGAUUAAAGGGUUAUCACGAAAUUUUCUCCAGGAGAUUGGGUACUAUAUCAGGGCAGUAGCCUGUAUCAAGACAUGUAGUUAUAUUUUGGUCAAGUUCAACACUAUCAGCAAGACAGACAGUGAGAUAAUUGAGUUCUUUCAAAAGAUGAUGCUCGACCAUGAGUUCCAUUAUCCCAGUUACUUUGAUAGUUUUUUAACGGCAUAUUUCAGCUUGAAAACAAAAAUGGAGAGGAAGUAUGCGUCGUGUGUAAUCAAGCCAGAGAUUACCACGAGGGCGUUGUUGGUGAAGGGCAUAUACUAUGUUGACAAAGUGAGUGAGCUCAAGAGACGACAAUUGGCAAACAAGAAAGUGUUGCUUGAAAAAAUAAUAUCGCAGAAGAAGGAGAAACAGGAGGAAGAGAAAAGGAAAUAUGGAGAGAAGUACGAGAAGGGUAGAUCGCCAGAAGAAGCAGAACCCGAAAGCAGCAACUACAAUUCCAGCUACAAAGAGAUUGAAAACAAGAGUUAUUACGACAACGAAGAGGAUGAGGAUGACAAGUUCAACAACUGUUUCUGGAUAGACAAGUUGAGCUUCCUCGAGUUCAAGUUCCAAAUCCGAAACAAGCUCAGAAACUUGCACGACUUCAAGUACAUCUACUCUGAAGACAAAGCAGAGAAUGCCAGCAGUGGGCAGCACCGGAAGGGUGGAGAGGAGAGAGUGAUGGCGAACGAGUUGUCGUCGUCGUUGAUGCUUGCACAGUGCAUCGAGAAGAGUGGAAUGCCCAACAGGCCCAUCGUGUACCAGCUCCCACUCAUUGGCAGCCAGACGCUGAUCGAAGAGGUGGUGCGCAACAUUCCCAAGAGCUAUCCCAGGCUCAACUUUGUCAUCUCGUUGUUGGCCUUCUACGACUUGACGGAACAGCAGUACUUGGAGCCCAAGAUGCUCAAGACAUUUGUGAAGAUGGGCCGUCAGUUGGGGCUUCAGUUCCAGCACAGCACCACCGGCGAGCUUUUGCUGCGUGUGAGGAAGAUUGUGGUGGAGUGGGAGAACAGUGCCUAUAGAUGCUAUGCCCAGAAAUACUUCGAGCUCAUCUCACAUACAAACGCCACGUAGCAGUAGGAUCUUCCUCAGUGCCAUCUUCCUCACCAGCACCAUCUUAUCACCAUCCUCCCACCUUCUUAUCACCUCUAUACUAUACUGAUAAGCGCUGGAACAUCGCGUGGAGCGCUGGGAGGCGUUAUCUCG